ACUACCAAACACAAAGCAUACAAUUUUUCUGUUCCACGUUUGAAAGGAACCGGGUGAAAAUAUCCUGUAAUUACAGUUUAACCAACUGACAAAACGUUCGCGAAAACACCGUGUAUUUGUACAAGGAUCGUCGAUCGGUACAAGAUUUAAAUGUAUACGUGCACACGAUCGAUCGGUUCCGAGUUUGUUAUUGAUUGUUAAUAAUCGCCGAUACGUCAACCUUUGAACCCCGUCAAUUCGACCAUCGUCGAAAGGGGGGAAGAUAGACAGAGAGAGAGAAAGAGAGAGAGAGAGAGAAAGAGGAGUCGGCGACUUGUUUGAUUGAAGAAAACGAAGAUAUAAAUAGUUUUAAAAAAAGUGAUUCACCGAUCGUCGAUAGAAGAGAGAGAAAAGAGUAAAAAACGAUACGUAAUAUAUCGCUUGAAGUGCGGGAAUUUCAUCUUUUCUACAAACGCGCCGCGUCCUGGCGAUAGUUUCGUUUUUUUUUUUUCUUCUUUCAAUUCGUUACACGUUUUACAACAACAAACAAGGAUAUACGUGAAUAGAAAAAAUCAACAAUCAUCCACGCGCACUUCGUUUCAACUGUCACAACAUAAACCACGUGUUUUUCAAACCCGUUCAAGAAGCCUGAACGCCGAAAGGAAAACGUCUCCAACUAACAGCGAACCAAUCGUUGAGAAGAAAAGUGUCACCUGAAAGCUGGUGGAGCAGAUUCUAAUCGACUAAAGCGGUUUCGACAAGGGUGGAAAAGAUGUCGUCCUCCCAAAGGAGACAGAUGCUACAACCAUGGCCGGUCUGCCUGAUGUUCUCAAACUCGAAGGACCGAAGUAUCUUGCCGAAGCAGUACACGAAGGUACCGACGAUCGCCAGAUCGGCGACAAACGAUUCCAACAUCGUUUACGACUGCGCCUCGAAUUCAACCCUCGCAACGAACGCGAGUCCGUUCAACAGUCAGCUAACAUUGUCGGUCGACAAGAAGGGGAAAAAGCCGGGGGUUGGUAAUUACUACGCCGAUAAUUUGCUCAGCAAUCAUAACGGAUUGAAAAAGUCCGAGACAUACGAUCUUCCGACGAAGGGCUGCGGCAAGGACGAAGAGGGCGAGUACAAGCUUCAGCUCGAUCCGCUGCUGCAGUACCAUCAACACCAGAUACAAAGCGACACCGAAAAGAUGUUUCACUCCCAGGAGUUUCAGGUCAAAAUGACCGCCGGUCCUCCCUUCAAGACCUACUUCCAGGCUGAGGUUCCAGCCAAAGGACACAGGACGCGAUACCUUGCCCAGGUCAUCGCAGCUCUUUCGGUAUCCCUCGGUUCGAUGGUCGUCGGUUUCUCAAGUUCGUACACAUCACCGGCUUUGGAAUCAAUGAAGAACGACACUACGCUAGGAGUGACAGAGGGAGUGGGUUCCUGGAUCGGUAGUGUUAUGCCUCUGAGUGCGCUUUUCGGUGGAAUGGCGGGCGGACCGAUGAUCGAAUACUUGGGCAGAAGAAACACGAUUCUUACAACCGGAUUGCCGUUUAUCGGAUCUUAUCUGCUGAUCGCCCUUGCGAUAAACGUUGAGAUGAUACUCUGCGGUCGUGUUUUGGGAGGAUUUUGCGUUGGUAUAGCUUCGCUCGCGCUUCCCGUUUAUCUCGGUGAAACAAUCCAACCGGAAGUACGAGGUAGCCUUGGACUGAUGCCGACGGCUUUGGGAAAUAUCGGAAUCCUGUUGUGCUACGUCAGCGGUAUGUAUUUAGACUGGUCGGACCUGGCGAUACUGGGCGCGCUACUUCCGGUUCCGUUCAUCGUUCUGAUGUUCGUCAUACCGGAAACACCACGUUGGCACAUCGCUAGGGGAAACAAGGAAAACGCACGUAAGUCGCUGCAAUGGCUUAGAGGAAAAAAGACGGAUGUUUCCGAGGAGUUGAGCGCCAUUGAGAAGGCCCACGCCGAGAGUGAGAGGAACGCCUCGAGGGGUGCAUUCAGAGAGUUGUUCAAGAAGUCCUACACCAAGCCACUGCUCAUUUCCCUCGGACUUAUGGCCUUCCAACAGUUGUCCGGUAUCAAUGCCGUCAUUUUCUACACCGUAACGAUAUUCAAGGAUGCCGGAAGUACGAUCGACGAGAACGUUUGCACGAUAAUCGUAGGAGUUGUGAAUUUCCUGUCAACGUUCAUGGCUACCGUGCUUAUCGACCGACUGGGUAGAAAAAUCUUGCUGUACAUAAGCAGCAUAUCGAUGAUAGUGACUCUGUUCACCCUCGGGGUGUUCUUCUACGUUAAACACCUGAAAAUCGACGUGACGGCUGUCGGCUGGCUACCGUUGACGAGUUUCGUGAUAUACGUGAUCGGAUUCUCCCUCGGAUUCGGUCCGAUCCCGUGGCUAAUGAUGGGUGAAAUAUUGCCGGCAAAAAUUCGCGGAUCGGCCGCAAGUGUCGUUACGGCGUUCAACUGGACCUGCACAUUUAUAGUGACGAAAACGUUCAACGACAUAAUAGCCCUGAUCGGUGCGUACGGCACCUUCUGGUUAUUCGGAUUGAUAACGCUUAUGGGUCUGAUAUUCGUAUUCGUAUUCGUUCCGGAAACGCGUGGAAGAUCGUUGGAGGAAAUUGAAAUGAGGCUUACCGGACCGGUGAGAAGAAUGAGCGCGGUUGCGAACAUAAAACCGUUGCCGACCGCUUGCUAACGAAAUUCAUUCGCGAUCGGCUGAUUUAACCCGCAACCCAUUUUACUUCAAAUACAUUUUAUCUUUUAUACAAAUUCAUUUUCUCAUCAAUGCACGGAUAUAUUCGACAACAUAUAUUUUAAUAAGUCCAAAGAAUUUACAUAGUUUAUUAUUCCAUACAACGGCACUUCAAUUUAUUCAUUUAAACAUCGUUGCACGGACGUUAUAGAUACCCGUUAAUUACGCAAUAUCAUUUAUACGCGAAGAAUGGAAGAAAACGAAGAUGAAAGAUCAAACGCCGACAUAGAUAAAGGGAGAGACGCGUUAUUUUGCGAUGCCUUUUUCCGAGGUAAACGAAAAGACAAGAAUUAACGAAAGAAAAAACAAAACAAAUGGUUCCUCAAAUUUACGAAGCGUGCUAUGUAUAAUAUUUUUACCCGUGUAUAAUAUUUAGUUUAUACGCGGUAUAUUGUAUAGGUAUAUAAUAAUAAUAAUAAUAAUAAUAAUAAUAAUAAUAUAGUGUGCAUGUGUACGUACAUUGUAGUUAUGUGCGUAUAAGAAUUAGUGUACAAAUAUACUAUAUGUAUAUAUGUACAAUAGUUGCAACAGUGUGAAUAUACUUUGUGCGUGUACUUUUUUUUUUUUUCUUAUUUCGUUCUAUAUUAUACGCUCGAUGUUACUGAUAUAAAUUCAUAUUGAUCGUAAAGAAUAGAAGAAGAAACAAAAUGGAAAUAACGGAAAGUGCACAAAGAAUGUUGUGAAAAAAUUACAACGUAUUUCUUUUGGUUGAAAUUAUUUUCAUCUUCGAAUCAAUAUCACGGUGUUAUAAAGAUAUAAAGAACUAAUGAAAGUACAAACGCCGAUAAAAAUGCGUAUGUAUGUGUAUGUAUAUGCGACACACGUUCGCAGGACAUAAAAGAAAGGGAAAAGACCGGGACAUGAGAAAAGUAAAGUAAUGAAGUUAGGAAAAACAAAAAAUAAAAAAAAAAAAAAAAAGAAAAGGAAACUUGACACAGAAUCAUUUUACAGCAAUAUUUUAAACGAAAUAUAACGCGUUAUGCGUAUGUACACACACUUAUAUUCAAUAUGUAACGUGUAUUCGUGAAUAUAGGUAUAUAGCGUCGGUGUUGACUAGAUUCAUAAUUUUUCUCAUGGAUAAUUAUCGUCGUCGUUUUAUGAUGAUCUCAAAAAAAUUUCUAAAAAAAAAAAAAAAACAGACAUUCCUAUAUACUACAUUCCUAUAUACUUGCACAGUCUCUACCUCAGAAUGCAAAGGAUUAAAAAAAAGCUAUAUAUGUAUAUAAAUAUGUAUGUAAAUAAUCGUCGAUUAUGAUGAUGAUGAUGAUAAUAAU